CCCGUCUCCAUUCGCGCGGUGAACCGCGAGUGCCUGGAGCUAGUCCAGGUCUGGUGUGGGGCGCCGGGAUCCUGGUCCCGGACCAGUGGGGCCCUGCGCAGCACCCUCGCAAUUAACCCUACCUCCCCACACCCUCGAGUGACUAGUUUAGUCUCCCUAUAACCCCCGGCGACGAGUCCAGCAGCGCGCCCAUUCUUCACGCAGCGCCGGGAAGCACUUUCGAAGAGUUGGGAAUUCCACUUGUGCGCUGCACUUACCGCUUUAUACCCGAAAUCUUGUAAGGUAGGGAUGAUCGUCAUCCCCAUUGCACCGUCAAGGAAACAGAGGCACAGAAAGGCAAAGGGAAGCCAGCACCAAGAGGGCAAAGAUUUUUGCCUGUAUUGUUCCUUGCUGUGUCCCCAGUGCCUAGAAAAGCGUAUGACAAUGUGGCUGGAGGUGGGGGGCCUACUACGGGGGACCUGUGGACGGUGGGGCCGGACUACUGGUCUGCCUUGUGGGGCCCUGGGGCCUGGGCCCCUCUGCUGGGGGCCAUGUGGGGGUCCUUGGACCCAAAAGCUUCACCAGGAUGGGCCUGGCAGGGGCCUGGGUGAGGAGGACAUUCGCAAGGCACGGGAGGCCCGGAUCAGGAAGGCACCCCGGCCCCAGCUGAGUGACCGUUCUCGAGAACGCAAGGUGCCCACCUCCCGCGUCAGCCGCUUGGCCAACUUUGGGGGACUGGCUGUGAGCUUGGGGCUGGGAGCACUAGCUGAGGUGGUCAAGAAGUCCCUGCCCGGAGGACGUGUACAACCAGAGGGAGGCUCCCGGCCGGGCUCCAGCCUUUUCCUUUCGGAGGCCAGUGCCGAGCGGAUUGUGCAGACCUUGUGUACGGUUCGGGGGGCCGCCCUCAAGCUUGGCCAAAUGCUCAGCAUCCAGGACAACAGCUUCAUCAGCCCCCAGCUGCAGCGUAUCUUCGAGCGAGUUCGCCAGAGCGCCGACUUCAUGCCCCGCCGGCAGAUGCUGAGAGUUCUGGAAGAGGAGCUCGGCAAGGAGUGGCAGGCCAAGGUGGCCUCUCUGGAGGAGGUGCCCUUUGCUGCUGCCUCAAUCGGGCAGGUGCACCAGGGCGUGCUGAGGGACGGGACGGAGGUGGCUGUGAAGAUCCAGUACCCAGGCGUCGCCCAGAGCAUCCAGAGUGACAUCCAGAACCUGCUGGCGGUGCUCAAGAUGAGCGUGGCCCUGCCGGAGGGCCUGUUUGCAGAGCAGAGCCUGCAGGUGUUGCAGCGGGAGCUGGCUUGGGAAUGUGACUACCGUCGUGAGGCGGCUUGUGCCCAGAACUUCAGGCAGCUGUUGGCAGAUGACCCCUUCUUUCGGGUGCCAGCCAUUAUUCAGGAGCUGUGCACGACGCGGGUGCUGGGCAUGGAGCUGGCUGGAGGGGUCCCGCUGGACCAGUGCCAGGGCUUGAGCCAGGACAUCCGGAACCAGAUCUGCUUCCAGCUCCUGAGGCUUUGUCUCCGGGAGCUGUUCGAGUUCCGAUUCAUGCAGACGGACCCCAACUGGGCGAACUUCCUGUAUGAUGCCUCCAGCCACCAGGUGAUCUUGCUGGACUUUGGUUCAAGCCGGGCAUUUGGGACUGAAUUCACAGACCAUUAUAUCGAGGUGGUGAUGGCUGCAGCCAACGGAGAUAGAGACCGGGUCCUGCAGAAAUCACGAGACCUCAAAUUUCUCACAGGCUUUGAGACCAAGACAUUCUCGGACGCCCACGUGGAGGCCGUGAUGAUCCUGGGGGAGCCCUUCGCCACCCAGGGCCCCUACGACUUUGGAGCGGGUGAUACUGCCCGCCGUGUGCAGGGCCUCAUCCCUGUGCUGCUGCAGCACCGGCUUCGCCCACCGCCCGAAGAGACCUAUGCCCUGCACAGAAAGCUGGCGGGGGCUUUCCUGGCCUGUGCCCACCUCCAUGCCCACAUCGCCUGCCGGGACCUCUUCCAGGACACCUACCACCGCUACUGGGCCAGUCGCCAGGCAUAGCCACUGCCCGAAGCCUCCUAACCAGAGGGGUGUCUGCUCAGACCCCUCAGAGACUCCAUCUCGGGAUUCCAGCCCCAUAGCAGGCCAUCCCCUGCUCUGAGGCCUCCUUCCCUCUCUGCUGCAGGUCUGGGGACCCACCUUGGGCUUGGGACUAGGGAAUUCCAGCUUCAUACCCCCGUGUCCUGCUCUCCCCACUCCAAAGGGAGCAUCCAGGAACUCUACCCAGCUAUUAAUUUAUGUGUGCCAACAUGUGAGAGAGCCUUAGGCCCCUCCGCACUGCCAUUGUGGAGAUCAGACUCACCUAGACGGGGAGCCCCUGACCUCUGCCUCAGGUCUCCCCCAGAUGUGGCCGGUGUUUGAAACUUCGGUCCUAAUAAAAGUGGCCCUCCCCUUC